AAAUAUAUAUAUUUAUUGAUAUAUAGAGAUAAAUAGAAAUAUAUAGAUAUAGAUAGAUGAUGGAUGAGAUCUGGGAGAGGGCGGUGGAAACGGCGUUAGAUGGACAAAGGGAUGUGACGUCAGUGAGGACGUUAACAUUAGACGGAGCCGUUAAGUGUGUUCAUGGGCGGUUACCACAACCGUCAUUAUUUGAAAAGUUUAUAAACUUAGAACAUCUAUCAAUCGCAAACAUAGGUGUAACAACGUUAGAGGAGUUUCCUAGGUUAAAAAAUUUACAGAAAUUAAUAUUGUCUGAUAAUAGGAUUGCUGGUGGUUUGGAGUAUUUGGUUGAGGCAGGAUUAGAUGGGUUAAGAGAUUUGGAUUUAUCGAAUAAUCGGAUUAAUGAGAUUGAUGAUUUAAGGGCUUUGGCUGAUUUAAAAAUUGUUUCUUUGGAUUUGUAUGAGUGUCCUGUGACUAGGGUUAAGGAUUAUAGAUCUAGAGUGUUUGGUUUGAUUAAGAGUUUGAAGUAUUUGGAUAAGAUGGAUGUCGAUCAGAACGAAAGGCCGGAGUCGGACGAGGAGGAUGACGACGAUGAGGAGGAAGUGGAGGAGGAGGAUGGAGAAGAGGAGGAAGGGGAAGAGGAGGAGGACGACGAGGAGGAUCCGGGGAGUGGGGAGGUAGAUGGUGAUGGGGAGGAGAAGACGAAUAAUGGGGUUGUGAAUAAUGGAAGUGUUGGUGAUGGAAAUGAUGGGGUUGUGGAUGUGGAUGAGGACGAUGAGAGUGAUGCGGAUGAGGAGGAGUCGGAGAUUGUGAGAGGGAAUAAUGGCGUGGUGAACGGGUUUCAUGAGGAGGAUGAGGAAAGUGAUGAGAUUGAUGAGGAAGAUGGCGGUGAGGACGAGGAGGAUGUGAUUGAGGUACAUGAGGUUGAGGAUAGUGAUGAUGAUGAAGUGGAUGAUGACGAUGAUGAUGAGGGUGAGGAUGAGGAUGAUGAGGUUGAUAAUGAUGAUGGUGAUGUCGGUGAGCCUGGGAGUAGCGGGUGGGCGACGAGUACGGAAGGGGAAAUUGAUGGCCACGAGCAAGGUGAGGAUGAUGUUGAUGAGGAUGAUGAUGGGGAGACCGGUGAGGAAGAAAUCGGUCUUGAUGAUGCUGGAGGAGAUUUUGAAGAAGAAGAGGAUGAUGAUGAUGCUGAGGAUGAGGAAGAUGAAGAAGAUGGUGGUUCAGGAUACCUGGUACAACCAGUGGCUCCACAGGUUGCCGAAGACGUGGUAGUUGGAGACGAAGAAGAUGAUGAUCCAGAAGUGGAUGAGGAAGAAGAAGAGGAUGAUGAUGAUGAUGAGGAUGAUGAUGAAGUGCAUGAUAACGGGGUGCAUCCUCCAUCUUCAUCAAGUAAGAGAAAGCGAGAUGAUGAUGAUGAUGACGACGAUGGUAGUGGAGAAGAUGAUGAUAACAUUGUUGAUAAUCAUCAUCCCAAAUCAUCAAAGCACAACUAGCAAAAGGUUUCAGUUUCUUAUGCGAAAAAGAUGGAUGUCAAUGGCUGUAUGUAUUGCUGCUGGAGUUGAUUGUCAAUGGUGGAAUUGGAUUUAUCGGGGAUGGAGAAAGAAAGUUCUAAGGUUUCUUCUUGAGAAAAACUGUAAACUAAUGUCUUUGUGUUUUUUAAAUGAGAGAAGAUUGGAUGAUAUGAUACUUUUGGAGGGAAACAAAAGAUUGUAAACUGGUUGGUUGGGAAGCAUUUGAAAAAGUUUGUUUUUUUAAAACUAUGGUUAAGUUUAUGAUGA